UCACUCAUGUCACUGCGCGGGAGAAACGGUGUUCUCGUCCCAAGUUCCAACGCGUGGUCAAGAUGGCGACGCGUCGCAGGGCCGUAACUGUCUAGGGAAAGGAAAGGAGAGAGCCUGAAAGUCCUCAAUUAUUAGUUUUUGAAUUCUCAUUCAAAGAGAUGGACUAUAAUAAAGAAAAGAGAAUAGAGACCAAGGGUACAUUCGACACACACACGCACGUUUUAUGGAACGCAGGAACCCCGCAGGCCUUUCAGGUACGAAGAAACAGUCCUUGACCAGCAAACACAAGCAAAGCCUAUACAUAAGAUCCAGACGAACUGACGAACGUUAAGAGAAAGUUCAGUUUAAAUGCACACGCCGGACGCUGUACAUGUCUGUACAAAGUACGAAAGUUCUAGUUGCAGUCAAAUCUCAAACUAAAAUCAACAAUCGGAAAAGAAAUUCAUUAAGACUCGCGUGGAAUUUGUACAAUUAAGUGGACAGCGUCUAAUCGCCAUCGCCCACGUAUAUCAUCGAUGGAUUCAUAUAAUGAAUGAAUGAAUGUUUUGUUUAAUAAGUGAUAAUUUUCAAUCAUUAGUCUCUACAUCUAUGUAUCAGUGUCGUUUAAUGUGAGAUUAAUAUUAUUAUUUUAAAUUUAUUAUUUUUAUUUACAUGCAAUUUAAUGAGUAAAUCAUGUCUGUAUUAUUUUUGCAGAAAUAUUGCUCGAUAUACUCUAAUUUCUAUAGAAUCCAAGAGACUCAUUUGUUGAUCUAUUAUAUCAACAAUAUGAAUACAAUAAAACCGAUACUAUACAGAGUCGAGACAUAUAUCGUGCCCGAAGUGAACAAGGAGCAAGAAUUCUCGCUACAAGAUGCAAUCAAUGAGAUCGAUGAUCUCAAAAUCGUGAAUCAAUUAAAUGUUCGAGAAGAUGAAGACGUGUCGAAGAAUAAUAUUCUAAGAAGAAAAAAUACAUCGCCCGCUUUCGAUAAUAAAUGCAUGGAAUCCAAAAGAUACUCUGUAGAUACCAAUCAAUUAAUUAAAAAAAAAUUGAUAAAGGACAUCACGAAUAAGAAUGAGUCUCUAUCUAACAAGCAAUUCGAUAACAAUAACAUUAAAUAUAAUGACAAGGAUUCUGAUGAGCAUCUAUAUAUACAAAAAGAGUUUCAAUCGUCUAUCGAAUCACAGGAUGCAUUCUAUCCUGUAAGACAAUUUAAGAAGUUCAACAGUUUGGUGUCGAUCGACGAGAGAAGCGAAAAUUUCUUGGAGUCCAAAGUAACCAAUUUUUGUCAUCACGGUUUCAAGAAUGAUUGCACCGCGACAAUUCCAUCGGCUGAGCAGGUUAGCGAUGAAAUUUUCAAGAAGAAUUGGUUGCACAAGAUGGAGAUCUUGCAACAACGCGAUGCCGCCCUGAGGGAGAAGGAGAUGGAUCUGCAGAAAAAAGAGAGGGAAUUGUUCAGGAGAGAAAAAGAACUCAGAAUCGCAGAAAGAGCUCUCAAUGAUAAAUUAAAGCUAGUAGAUCAGCAGUUAAAAUACCAAAAAGAUAUGCAACUCGUGGAGAGGAGACUGGGGGAAGCAGCACAAAUUUUAUCCCACGAAGUCGAAGAACCCGACAUUAAAACAGAAAAGUUGAGAGAUUGUCAAUCUCUGGAGAGAACUUCAACACCUCAACGAUCGACUUUGGCACCUGAAAAAAUCAUUAAUUCAUGUGAGAAAAAUGAAGAAUCCGAUAAAAAAAUAAAAUAUCCAAUACAUCCAAAGAAUUACCCAUCGAAGCAAUCCUCUUCGUCGAACACAAUCUUCGGGACUCGGUCAUACGCUAGUUUAAAGUACAAAGAACAGCCCCCUGGCAAUAAAAUACGCUAUGAUGAUCUAAACUCGACGUUGUCAGCGGACAAUGGAGAUUCGACUUUCGUGCAGACAUCGGAGCGAUUUAAUCCACUGCUUCAUAAGAAGCCGUACGCGUUCACGAGAUCCGCGAGCGAACGGCGGACCAGGAAGACGAGCAACGCGGUUGUUACGAGACCGUUAGAAGUAGUUAACGUCGAGGAGAAAUCUGAGCCUAUUAUCGAGGAAGAUAAGGUUUUCCGAAAACUCAGCGAGAAUAUAUGCGCCUCGCAGGACAAGAACACCAGAUUCCAAAAUUACGGACUUGUGGAUUGUAAGUUGGACGACAUUCAGCAAAGCAACGCGAAGCAUAAUCCUGGCAAUGAAAAGAAGUUGUUUUCGUACCUCGAUCUGGCAACCGGUAACAAAUACAACCGUCAGAAGCGUUCCAAGGAUAGGCCGAUCUCUUGGAACGAGGAGAUAGACGAAUGGCUACAAAAGAAACGUCAGGCGUAUAACUUAGCGAUUAAAAACUCGGCUGAGAGUAAGGAAAACCUCAAGUGCAAUAUCGUCGCAGAAAAAGACGGAAAGAAUUCAAAGAGAGAUGUUAAGAACAAAUUAUUCACUAUAUUUCGGUAGCACGCUUACUAUCAUUAAUAUAGUAGCGCAUAAAAUAAGGGUUCCUCUAAUCCAAAACUAACCAGUCAAGAA